AUGGCGCCGAUCAUCUGCGCCAGGUGCAACACUGACCGAGCUGUUGUUAAGAGACCAAAGAAUCACCAAACAAUUUGCAAGGCGUGUUUCAUCUCGGUGUUCGAGGAUGAGGUGCAUCAUACAAUCUUGUCCUCAAAGCUGUUCAGUAGGGGUGACAGAGUGGCCAUAGGGGCAUCUGGUGGCAAGGAUUCGACUGUCCUUGCAUCAGUCCUCAAAACUCUUAACGAGCGUCACGAUUACGGACUUGACCUGAUUCUUCUCAGUAUUGAUGAAGGAAUCAAAGGGUACCGUGACGAUUCUCUGGAGACUGUCAAGCGAAAUGCCAUACAGUACGACAUGCCCCUGACCGUUGUGGGCUACGAUGAGCUAUACGGCUGGACGAUGGACCAAGUUGUGGGAACCGUGGGCAAGAAAGGCAAUUGCACCUACUGCGGCGUUUUCCGCCGGCAAGCCUUAGAUCGAGGGUCGAAAAUGCUGGGCAUUCGGCAUCUGGUCACCGGCCACAAUGCGGACGAUAUCGCUGAGACAAUCUUGAUGAACCUCUUGAGGGGUGACUUGCCGCGACUGUCCCGGAGUACAAGCAUCAUGACGGGUGACGACAGUAGUGACGUCAAGAGGAGCAAGCCUCUCAAGUACUCGUACGAGAAGGAAAUCGUCUUGUAUGCCCACCACAAGAAGCUUGACUACUUUAGUACCGAGUGUAUCUACAGCCCAGAGGCAUUCAGAGGCACAGCCCGAAGUUUGAUCAAGAAUCUCGAGCGUGUGAGGCCAAGUGCAAUACUUGACAUUGUCAGAAGUGGGGAGGAUAUGGCACGCCUCGUUCCCGGGUCAUCAUCAAACCCCUGCGCUUGCUCAGGCCAAGGCUCAACCGAAGAUGACGAUGUGCCAUCAUGUGGUUCCAAACAGGGCCACAGCAUGGGAAGCCAACUCGCCGUCAUCGAAGCGAAGUCUAGCGAAGCCGCUGUGGAGAAGGCUUCAGAAGUUGAUUUCACCUUCACGAAAAACAAUAAAAUCAAGACACAAGCGAAUGGAACUACGAGAAAGGAAGCCUCAUCCAUCACGGACACGAUGAGCGAGCUCCAAGUACUAGGAAAGUGCAAGCGAUGUGGUUACAUGACCAGCCAAGCUUACUGUCAAGCUUGUCUCCUGGUUGACAGUCUCAACAAGAACAGGCCCAGAUUGGAAAUAGGAAACAAGUAG